AUGCAACUUGAAUGGUUUGAUAAUGUGUUUGAUCUGUUGUUGCGAUCACGGACGAGGAGCUUGGUUUUCAUUGCUGCGUUGUUCAGCUCUGUGGCUGUCGCGAAGGCCCGUUCCAGUCCUGGGAGCAGCACCAAUAGCAGAGUUGAUGCUCUGCUUUCGGUUAUGAGCCAUUUUGGCUACAACCCGUUGCUGGCUGACACUUGGAUAGGGAAUGACCCUUGUGAGGGAUGGUACGGGCUAACCUGCGUGGAAGAUCAGGUCAAGUAUGUUGUACUUGCAUCCAUGAACUUGACUGGAAGCAUCUCCAAGCGGUUUGCAGAUCUCACAUCAGUACAUAUGAUCGAUCUUUCGCAUAACCUGCUCACUGGUACGAUUCCUUCUGAGCUCAACAAGAUGGAGUUGACCAGUUUGGAUCUUUCUUACAACCGCCUACACGGGAGAGUUCCACAUUUCAAGACACUAGUUGUCAACACACUAGGGAACCCAGAGAUUCUUAGAGAUGCUGCUUCACAUAAAGGUCACCACCAUACACUCGCUUGGAUACUUUCCGGUGGGUUUGGGGCUCUUGCCCUUUGUUUUCUGAUUGGAGCAGGCAUCCGUAUCUUUCGGUCCUGGAAGAGGAACCGAUCUGAUAGAGUCAGUCAGCCAGCGCAGAACGAGAUGGUGCCACAGUCUCAGCAGAGCGAGAUUUUGGAGAACAAUGCCUUUUCACUGGAAACUCUUCGGGAAGCUACACAAGACUUCAGCAUUUCAGUCGGGACAGGGGGGUCUGGAUCUGUAUAUCAGGGAAAGUUGAAAGAUGGAAGAGAGAUUGCGGUUAAGAAGGUGGACACUGCUGAUGGUAAAGGCUACGGUUUGUUUGACGCUGAGCUAAGUGUUUUAUCGAGAGUUCGCCACAGAAACAUUGUGAGCCUUCAUGGGUACUGCAUCCAGGGAGACGAGAGACUGUUAGUCUAUGAGCUGAUGGCACCCGGUGCGUUGAGUAAGCAUCUCCGGAAGGAAGACAAAGCGGAACGAUUAGAUUGGAGUCGUCGCCUUGUUAUUGCAUUGGAUGUGGCUAGAGGAUUGGAGUAUCUCCAUACUCUAGCUAGUCAAAGUCAAAUAUACAUCCACCGAGACGUGAAAUCCGCAAAUGUUCUUUUGGGAGAAGAUUUACGAGCAAAGAUUGGAGACUUUGGUUUUGCCAGGGCUACAACAGAAGACAGAGAACCCAUAGAUACCAAGUGUGUUGGAACUCCAGGUUACACGGCACCGGAAUACUUUGACGGGUUAAAGCUUUCGAGGAAGGCAGAUGUCUACAGCUUUGGAGUCAUUUUGUUGGAGCUAAUAACCGGUAAAAAAGCUUUCGAAUACAUGAGUAGAUCCCAAGACUACAUUGCCAUCUGGUUCGAGAAGAAGAAAGACGACUUCUGGAAGGCCGUUGAAGAAGAAGAAGACAUUGGAACAGACUAUGAGACACAGCAGAGCGUCCAGGAGGUAGCUGAACUGGCAGGUUCAUGCUGCGCGAAGGAACCAGAGAGGAGACCAGAGAUGUCCCAGAUUGUCAGGGUUCUUUCAUCUCUGAUUGAAAUCAGAGAUAGAAGGAACCAGGCAAGCAGCAGCGGAUCUUGAUAUUCCAAGUUCGGAAUGAACAAAUGGAUCGUCCAGGUAUUCAAAUUAGGGUUUGUUUCU